AUGAAUCACCACUUUAUCAAAAACAAUGGAGCUAGGUCUCGUACCUCAUUGCCGAGUGUAAAUCAUGGGAGUCUCAUCCAAAUGAACUUAACAAGGCAUAAGGAUGCGUUUUUCUUCGUUGAUAACAAGACUUCUAAUAACGAAGAAACUUUGUCCAACGAAGAAGGUCCUUCCGUUGCGGCCAAGGACGAUAUGCCGACAAAUGAAGAAAGCUCGGAUGAAGAAGGCUUGAAUGAAGAAGGCUCGGAUGAAGACACACAAUGUCAGGAAUGCAAUUGGAAUAUUCAUAAAGCUCAACAAUUUGUUGUAUUGCACCCAUGCAAUUGCAUUUUUCACUUCGGUUGCAUAAAAGAUAAAUUUUAUGAAGAUCCCAAGUGUCCUAAAUGCAACACAGUCACUAUAAAGCAUCGUCGCAUGACUCCUCUUGAGGGUCGUUUUGUCGACAUGUCACUCGAGCUUGAACACGUCAAAAUAUGUAUCAAGAACCGCAGAAUAUAUCACAAGGCGCAUCAAUCUUCAGCCCAAGAAGGUCAUUCUAAGAACGUUCCUUACUCUCGUGUGGACCUUAUCGCCCUUCGGCGAUUAGUUUACGAAAAGACGUUGUACUGUCAUUCUGUUCGCUCAGGGCAAGCUCUUGACCCCAUCGAGAUCUGCAAGCAAAUUUUCAGAAAUGAUCUUAAUGCUAAGGGUCUCAUGCGUGCUUGGAUAAGACUCGAGAUUCAAGCAUUAAAGCAGAUCACAAUAGUACCCGAUCACGGGGUUUCAUUUGAAAAUGUUGUAAUAGCUACGCUGCAGAUGGAGAAUAGGACCGAGGAACAGAAGAAGAAGAAAGACUAUGCGGUACACAUAGUGAGAAAUACUUUGAAUGAUUAUACAGAUUUGUUCUUGCAUUCAGCCCGUGCGUUCUUGACAAGCUUCUGUCAGACGUUAGAGGGAUGGAAUCGCGCUGCGACCUAUCCUAAAAAGAAGCCAUGCAAGUUUAAUACAGUAACACAUCCAUCAACGAGACCCUCUAGACCUGGUCUCAAACGAUCAUCAGGACCGAGUUUUGCUUGCAUGAGAUGGAGUCCUAAAGAUGUUGGGAGCUCCAACACUGCACAAAGUGUUAGUACUGUAUCUCCCACGACCGCACCACAGCCUGUUGUGCAUUCAUUUGAACAGGAUGUGCCACAUAUGACUACUUGUUCUUUCGUUGCUCAUUCAAUUGAUCAGGACGAUGUAUCACAGGCGAAUAUGCCUUCUUCCGUUAAGCAUUUGGAACAUAUAUCCAGAUCGGUCACGCUAUCCUCUACUCCUGCCUCUUUGGAGUCUUACCCGGUCCUCGGUAGUUGUGACACAACCUACACCGUCACGGAAUGUUUGCAUUCCGUUCAACUUAGUGAAGCCAACAUCCAGGCCAUGUUGGCUAAUAUGGAGCAGUCGGCUGUUAACUCGGUGGUAACUGACAAUGUAGAGGAUGGCCAAAGUCAUAGUAUUGAGGAUGCCUCGCCCGCAGAAGUUGGUCGGCUCGGAAAGCUGUCUCGUAAACUUACCAAAAUUUCUCGAUUCGUGAGGACAUCCAUCAAGAAAUCUUCCAUCAAGAAAUCUUCCAAGGGACUCGACUGGGAGAAAGAGCAAGACAUCAGAUGA